UUAGUUUUGGUCCAAACGAAUAUUGGGUCAUAGCCUAUGUUUGGUCCCAAAGCUUACAAUAAUGGAGUUUUUGUUUUGUUUUCCCGUUGUUGACAAAGCGUCAAACAGCGCCAAAAAGGUUCCUCCUUUGUUCCUUGAACCGGAAAAACAAAAAGCACGCAUGACCCGCAGUGUUUUUGGGCUUCAAAAUUGCACGAUCCGCAAUUUCAUUUCAGCUCCUCAUAUAGCUUCGUGUUCCACUUCCAAACACCGAAAAGGAAACCAAUGUCAGAAACCUGUCUGUUUAUAAUUUCAAAAUGACAGUUUCAAAGGCCAAUGUGGUUUCCAGUGUUUGAAUUCCCUCAAAGUUGAUUGAGAGCCCAAAUGAUGACAGGUGCCAUGUGCUUUUCGCUUUUGCAAUUUCCUAGAUGCAGAAUCCAGCCCUUACCCCACUUUCGAUCAACAUAUGUAGGCUAUUUGUCACACAACUUCCACAUACUAAUACAUUCUCCUAUGGUUUGUUCCAAAGUUAAGUUGCUAGGAUCACAUGCUUUUGAGCCUUUGCAACAAGGGACAAUCAAUAGGACUCAGGUUUUGAGACCAAAAUCAACAGUAAGUGGGCUGAGAACUAGAGAUAUUGAGAAAAGCAAACCAAGCAAUGUUAGCCAUGAAUACUUGGACAGACAAAUGCAAGCAAGCACUAUCAAUUCUGCAGUUUCAAGUUGCUUUAGAAGCAUCCAGUAUUGUGAUGCUAAACGCCAGAUUUUAGAGAGCCAAGAUCCAAAGCAACUUGUAACAGUAUUUGUUUUUGAUAUUGAAACCACUGGAUUUUGCAAAAAGAGUGGGCGGAUUAUUGAAAUUGCAAUCCGAGACCUUUCGGGGGGCAAGAACAGCUGUUUGCACACCCUGAUUAACCCUGACCAACAUGUUCCAAAUUCUCACAUUCAUGGUAUCACAACCAACAUGGUGAAUAGAUCAGAUGUUCCAAGGAUGAAGGACUUCAUUCCAAUCCUAAUGCACUAUAUCAGACUUCGUCAACGAAUUCCUGGAAGCCUUUGUCUGUUUAUUGCUCACAAUGCACGUAGUUUUGACGUUCCUUUCUUAGUCAAGGAAUUCAGCCGCUGUUCAAUGGUUAUUCCUUCUAAUUUGCUGUUUCUGGACACCCUUCCUCUGGCGCGGCAGUUGAUGAAGUUGAAUGGAUCAAGGCUACACUCACUACAAGCACUCCGUGAACACUAUAACAUUCAAUCAGGAGAUGCAACACAUAGAGCCAUGUUAGAUGUGGACUUAUUGUCAGCUAUACUUGAGAAGAUGACAGUGGACAUGAAGCUCACAAUUGCUGAUUUUCUUGAAAACUCUUUCGCGGCUCCGGAUCCCAUUGAUUUGAUGAAGACUAAAAAGAAGUGCUGAAGCUAGCAUUGCAUGUGACUGCUUAGAUUAUGUUCUCUACUAUUGUUGUCUUCGUGAAUCAUAUGGCGACUAUUGUUACUCAUUGCAUUGGGUACCCAAUGCUCUGUAAUUAAUUUCCUUUUGUUUUCAAAGCGCCUUUCCUUUUUCAUUGUUUGAUGAAAAACUAGAAUGAUGUUGGUAAAAUGUUCAUUAGUUCAUGCAUUUGCAGUUGGAAUAGACUUUGCAUUUGCAGAAAAAAAUAAUAAAUUGCCCAAAAAAAAGGGAAAAAAAAAAUAAAUUGCU